AUGCGGAGCGGGAUGGGGGCCGGGGUGCGGAGCGGGAUGGGGGCCGGGGUGCGGGCUCUGGCCGUGCUGCUGUGGGCGCUGCGGGCCGGUGGCACCGAGCUGACCUUCGAGCUGCCCGACAAUGCCAGGCAGUGUUUCCACCAGCAGCUGGAGCGCGGCACCAAGUUCACGCUGGAUUACCAGGUGAUCACCGGGGGACACUAUGACGUGGACUGCUCGGUGGAGGACCCCAACGGCCGGACCCUCUACAAGGAGGCCAAGAAGCAGUACGACAGCUUCCCGCACCGCACCGAGGUGGAGGGCGUCUACACCUUCUGCUUCAGCAAUGAGUUCUCCACCUUCUCCCACAAAACCAUCUACUUUGACUUCCAGGUGGGCGAGGAGCCGCCCAUCCUGCCCGCCAUGAGCAGCCGCGUCACUGCCCUCACACAGAUGGAAUCCGCCUGUGUCACCAUCCAUGAGGCGCUGAACUCGGUGAUCGACUCCCAGACCCACUACCGGCUGCGGGAGGCGCAGGACCGGAGCCGCGCUGAAGACCUCAACAGCCGCGUCUCCUACUGGUCGGUGGGGGAAACCUUCAUCCUCUUCGUGGUCAGUAUCGGGCAAGUGGUGCUGCUCAAGAGCUUCUUCACAGAGAAGAGACCCGGCAGCGGCAGGGCUGGCACCUAGCGCCGCUCGGUGCCCGGACUGCGGCGGGGAGCGGGGGGGGCGGCGUUCUCCUGGAUCAUGCUUUGUUCCUGUUCAUCACAAGGUGCUUCCCUGGGGAGGUGGCCCGGGGGGGAGCGGGGGAUGAUGGCACGCUGCCGACCCAGGCGGGAAAUGGUCAGCCCACAGGGGCAUCCCUCAUCAAUCGCCCUGACAUCACCUCCCACUUCACCUCCGCCUGCUCUGAGCCCAGUCCCCUUGCCUGGGUGGCCCAACACCUCUUACCAGCUCCUCUGGGGAAGUGGCUGGGCACUGGGAUUUGGCAUCAGCACCAUAACCCCUUGUCCAAUACCUUCUAUGGGGUUGGCAUCAACACCCUGACCCCUCACCCAACAUGUAUGGGGGGUAUUUUCCUACAUGAGUCCAUGCCUGGGGCUGAGGCUGUGCCCAUCAGACAGCAAGAGCAGGCACAGCUCUGCCCCAACUUGUGCCAGGGAAGCUCCAUCCCCACCUCAACAACAGCACUCCUGGGACUGCCACCCCAUUCUCUGGAGCCCCACAAAACACAGACUUCCCUGGCAACCCCGGGGAGACCAUCCUGUGUGAGAGCCCUGGGGUAGCUAACCACUGCUGCCAGCCCUUCAGCAUUUCACUUUGCCACUAGGUAAUAAACCCCUGUGACCGUG